CAUAUCAAGACAGUUACCCCCCGCCUUUAGUCUACAUUCUCAAUCUCGUGAAUACUUCUUUUUCUUACAACUUUCCCACGUGCUCGCUGCAUUUGGAUCGUAGCAGUCAUACCAUCGAGCUUCAAUGACGCUUAUUGAACCAGAACACUGGCUUUUGAGAAGCCUGAGGCCGCAGGCGAGACUCUGCAGCUCGGCGGAGGCACAGGACGCUGUUUCGUUUGCGGUUUUUGGGUAUUUUUGGGCACUUCUGGCAGCGGCACCAGAUCGGGACUUCCCGCCAAUCACGCUGACGACACACCACUUGGUCAUGCGCCGAGGUCACCACAGCAAAAGCUCGCCAGUGCCCGAUUCCAGACGGCCCGGAUAUGUUUUUGUAUGGGAAGAGCAACGGAAAGGUACAGACCAUGACAAAGGUAACUCCUGCUAGGGAUAUACUUCAACACCCUUCUUUCAGUCAGCGCCCGGGGUCCGUGUCCGUUUGGCGACUUGCUUGUCAAUCUCCGGCAGUCCUGAGCUUUUCGAACCUUCCCUUCCCAUUCCUGCAUCACACUUCAACGCACAACAAGCCCUCCUU